UGCCGUUCGAGCCAACAGCCCGCUGGGGACGGACGAGGUCGCGCCGAGAUGAAGGUGGACACCCCCGAGAUCCGAUGGCACUGCGGCCCGACGGGGCUCAACGAGGCUGUGCUCACGAUCGAUUUUUUGCGCCAGGCGGCCACGCUUGCGCAUGCGGCGUCGCCGGACGCGCCCGCGACCACAGCUGCCGCGCCGACGAUCGUGGCCGAGAACGUCUCGAGCGUCGUCUUUCCAGCGGUGUUCCAAUCGCAGGUUCUCGCAACGGGCGGCGCAGACAAGGAAAUCAAACUCUGGGUCUUCAACGAGCAGCACCUGACGUACGUACACGGCCUCUCGGGCCACGACCGCAGCGUCAACUGCGUGCGCUUCUCGCCCAACGGCGAGUUCCUCGCGUCGGCCAGCGACGACUCUACGAUCGUGCUCUGGAUGCGGCCCAAGAACGUCGACGCCGCGUCGUGGAGCUGGCAGACGAUCUCGAGCAAUAGCGAUGUGACGCGUGUCCUCCUCGCGUGCGGCCACAAGGGCGACAUCACCGACCUCUCGUGGUCGCCUGACUCGCAGUACCUCUCGUCCGUGUCCAUUGACAACACGUGCGCGAUCUGGCACGUCGCGAGCGGCAACCUCGUCGAGAAGCGCAAGGACCACACGCAGUAUGUGCAAGGCGUCGCUUGGGACCCGCUCAGCGAGUUCCUCAUCACAGAAGGCAACGACCGGUCGUGCCGCGUCUACGCAUUGAGCGGGUACGGCGUCGAGGCCAAGAAGAAGAAGAAGGUACAGAUGCUGCAUACGCUCCGCGCGCGCGAGCUCGAAGCCGAAGCGAUCGAAGGCGAGAAGACGCCAAAGCAUGCCAUGUUUCACGACGACACCUUCACGGCCUUCUCGCGUCGGCUCACGUGGACCCCGGAUGGGAGCUACUGCUUGGUGCCCACGGGUCUCUUCAAGCCGACGUCGACGACGGUCGAUGCGACCCACACCGUGUACGCGUACGCCCGUGGCAACCUGACGCAGCCCGCGUUCCACCUGCCCGGCCACGCCAAGGGCGCGCUCUGCGUCCGCUGCAGUCCGAUCUUGUAUGCGCUCACGACCAGUGUCGCCGAGAACCUCUUCCGUCUCCCGUACCGCUUUGUGUUUGCCGUCGCGACGCUUGACGCCGUCGCUAUUUAUGACUCCCAGCUCUUGCACCCGAUCGCGGUCAUUGACCGGCUGCACUACGCCGACCUCACGGACAUGAGCUGGUCGCAGAACGGGCAAAUGCUCUCCCUCUCGUCGCUCGACGGCAGCCAACACCGGCGCGGGCCCAAAGCGGCCACGGAAGCCGACAAGAGCCCUGCAGCUACUGGCAAGAAGCGCGCGACACACAAGCCGUCCGAGGCAGAGAAGAGCCCGAGUGCUGGGAAGAAGCGCGCGGCCAAACCGACGGAAACAGACAAGACUGGUGGGCCCAAGAGCCCGCUUCUCGGACCCAAGAAGGCAGUCAACUCGAUUCUGCAGUUCACCAAGGUCGUCGCACCCGACUCGGGGUUCCAGCAACCUGCGCUCGGACCGCUCAUGGACCUCGUAUCGACCGCCGACCCUGGCGCACCUGCCGUGACGCACAACGUGCAAGUCCGGAAGAAGCGCAAGAUCACGCCGGUCCUUGUGACUGCGACACCGAGCGAGGAGCCCGUGGACUUGACGGGCUCGGACGGCGAGCGUGCAAAGGGAGACAGCAAGGCGCCGUAGCGCUCGUAGAAUACCAC